ACAACAAAUCGAAAACGAAAACUAAGGCAUCUUGCUCCCAAUAUCACAUCAUCAAAAUGGCUGCAUAUCUUCUUCUUUUCUUGAUCUUGGUUGAUGGUUUUUUAGGUGUAGCAAUGGCUGAUACAACUACUCGACUGGCACCAAGUCCAUCCAUCUACGGAAAAUCAUACAAUGCCGAAGCUCCUAAGGCCAGGAAACUUGGACAGCACCAAGUGGUCACAACUUCGGGUAGUCCACAAUUGUUAGCGCCCCAACCCGGAACCAUCCUGCAGUCUGUGGAAGAAAGCAGCGAUGCAAGUCCCGCGCCUUCUGCUAAUGUAAGUGGACAAGGGCAGGAAGUGCAUUUGGAAAUGCAUCACGGUUCUCUGGACAAGUCUAUAGCUGGCGGUGGUGCGAUCCUUGGGGGACUGGCUACUACCUUUCUAGUGGCACUUUUUUGUUACAUAAGAGCUACUCGACGACACAAAUUAGAGGCUAAGGGUGCUUGUUCUGAAAUUUCUAGUUGAGUUUUACAAACUUAUUUUUUGAUACUGUAAAGAUAUAUAAUAGAAAUAGAAAAUGAAUUGCCAUAUUGCAU